CAAACCAACCCCAGAACCUUAAACAAUGAUAUGAUUUCAUAAUCCAACCUUGGAAUUCCCACUACAACAAUAUUCAUUCUAAUCAACCAUAAGGCUGAAUUUUUCACUUGUUUUUGUGUGAUACUUCAUUGUUUGCAGAUCCAUUGCAAUUCAUUACAUUGGAAACGCAAUUGUUCGACAUACCUCCAUGAGAUAGUGGUGGUCUAUUAGCUAUGGCAUCUCCUCCGCGUCGCCGAUCAUCUCGACUUCGUACUCCAGUCAAAGUAUGUAUAACAAGCACACUUACCUUUAUUAUCAUUGUAACGACCAUUGACUUGUCAUUUGUUCUAGACACUCCCUAAUCCAAAUACAAAUACACAUCUCACAUCUCUCGCCGAGGCUGAUGAAGCUCCUAUUUAUCCUUCCCUUCCGGAAGUUUCGUCACCAGUCCAAACGCCUCAAACACCAGCUACUUCCGGCCGUCUUGUCCCACCUCGAGAGGAAAUGCAUCCAUCCAUGACACAUAAAUCUACUACUCAAAAGCCCGACUCAGGACUCCGUCAUGGUUUUGUUGACAUCAACCCAAAGGGCGAUAACCAGCCGUCUGGUGUCCAUCAAAAAACCCCCUCGAAAAUUGGCAUCAGCUCACCAACAUUCGAUUUUAAAUUCGCGCGUCCUUCCCCCCUUCUUGGCCCCGAAGCUCAGCGCAUGAUGGAUGAACUACGUGAAGAGGCACUCCGUAUCAAAGCUAAGCUUGCUGCAGAACGAGAAAUGGAACGAAAGAACAACCCGGAGGGUAGCUACAUGGGAGGCCGAAAGAUCGCGCAAGCAAAGGGCAAGGUCAACAGAUACAGUGAUGUUCAUAUGGCAGAGUAAGUCUUGUUCAAAAAGCUUUCGAUGUUUGAAAUUAUUUCGAUGCCUGAAAUGGCUUCAAUGACUGAAAAGAUCACGGUGUCUGGAUUUAUUUCAAUGUCUGGAAUUAUUUCAAUGCCAGGAAUAAUUUCAUUGUUUGAACAGAUUCUGGUGUCUGAAAUUAUUUCGAUAUCUGAAAUAAUUUCAAUGUUUAAGAAACCUUCAAUAUCUGUUUCAAAUUUUACUCUGUCGGCCAAAAUUUCUGACUUCAUAUAGGUUCAAAAAGAUGGACAGCAUCGCCAAUCAUCCAUCCUCUUUCCGUGCUCAACCAGGUCGAAUUACUCCUACUACUGCUGCUAUCAAGCGCACACGAUCUAAAGCUAAGCUGGGUGAUAAGAAUGUCACUCAAAGUGAAGAUUCUUCCCAAGAUGCUGAUAGUGACCGGCUUGAAAAUACUGCACCUGCCAAGCGUGCUCGUCAACGCACGACGGAUGAUGCCUCAUCUCAACGACCAGUGUCCCGUGGCAAGUCUGAAAAUAUCCCCAUGCCUUCUACCCCACGCCACCAGAUUUCCAGCUUUCCUGCACACUUGGCAACACCCACACAAGCAUCUAUGGCUCGUGCCCAAAGUGUCAAACAUCCUGCCACUCAAAUUCCCAGCCUGUCCAGAUCACCAUCAAAGUCAAAUCUGCAAAAUACACCUCGCGUUAUGACGAAAUCUGCUACGGUGAACAAUAUCGCCGGAUCGAUGACAGCACCAAGUAAAUCUAUGCCCCGAACUCCAAGCAGAUUCGAUCGCGUUAAGUCUAUUCUUAGGCAUCCAGGCUCAAGCUUCAGCACAAAGAAGACAGACGAGGCGUCAGCUAUACCUUCAGUUGCUAGAAGUCCAAGCAAGUACGACCUUGCGAAGGACCUACCCUCUGUUCCGACAACUCCUAUUGGGGUCGGCCGUUCUAAGAGUAUGAAGCAUGUUGGAUUCACUCCUGAGACGAGGAAGCACAACGAAGCUAAGCACAAUGAGGCCACUGUUCCACAAUCUCCAUCUCCAGUAAAGUCUAGCAUCCCUCGCUCCACCUCAAAGUCCAAUGUCAAAGUUGGUUCUUCAAUUGCCCCUCGCAGGCCUCUACUUCAAGAAUCAUCUAUUAAGCGACAAGCAAAAGAUGCUGAGAUGUCUGGAACUGAUACGGUCGAGUAUCCUUCUCUUGCUGGUGUUAAACCUCUUCCAGAACCACCUCGUCAAGCUCCUCCUCCACAUCUUCCUCCUUCAAUUCCUGGUACUUUUACUUUCCGCAGUGACCAUACUAUCAGCUUCGGUGCUUCUCCAAAGGGAUUUGGUCCAUCGCCUAGUCAGGCUACUGUCCGCCAAGUUCGGCGCAGUAUCUUCCCUGACAGUAUGCCUGGCAGCUUUCCUGAUGGUAACAAAGAGAACACUGAUCCUCCUGUCCGUGAGUCGAGCAAGAAGCCCACUAACCUCUCAGUUAUUCCUACAGUUCAUCAUGGUAUGUCCAACAAGAAGCGUAGAAGAGUUGAAUCUGAUGGCGAGGAUGAAGCACGAUCACCAAAGAAGCAAAAGGCUCCAGAGGGUGCUAUGCUGAUGGCUCCGAGACUUCAAGCUGGAAAAAACGUUACUGCUUCGACUCCAAGUCCUGCCAAAAAAAGAGGACUAACUUUUAGCCGACUCAAUAUGCUUGCACGACCAAAGACCAGGAAAUAAUUGAUUUGGCGAUUUUCAGUUGAAUGGCAGCUGUCUAUUGUUCUAUUCUUGUUUAUAUCUCCAUACAACUCAUGCAUGUUCAGGAUUGAUUUUAAUGGGAUUGGAGUAUAAGGUUGGCGUCAACCCGAAAAUAUCACAUGUGCUUCAAAGUGGGUGGCUGGACCUACAAGAUUACUACAUUUGGAAAGAGCUUUGCUUAGGUUAUUCUUUCUCGAUGAAGGAGUUGUAGGAUAUCAUGAUUGAUGUGUAUUUAAGUCAAUACUCCAGAUUGCUCUUUUUAGUUAAUGACGAAUGAAUAAAAAGUUACUUAUUUAAAGUUU